UAGAAUGUGAUUAAUUCCAAACGAUGGUUAAUUCACAGAGCAGACAGUGAGACAGUCAAACUAAUGGCAAGAAUGUCCAUGCCUUCAUCCGCCUGACGUAGGCUAUACAUUAAUCCUCCUGGAGUGAACCUCAUCAAGGAGAUCUGAUUAGUGAAGAAGUCUGACAGGGACUUGCGCAGUUUGAGCCACCGGGCGACAACUUCUCGCAAGACUGAGGAUGAACUCUUCGGAAAUUAUAUGCAUGUACGAGGAAUACGGCAACCUAACGACCAACUCCACAAACUCAUCAUGUAUGAACAGAAACAUACCAUCCUUCAUCGACAUCGCAUCCUUCAUGCACAUCUUCCCUUCCAUCUACGGCAUCCUGUGCACAGUCGGGGUGAUUGCCAACAGUUUAGUCAUUUAUGCCGUGGCAACUUGCAAGAAAAAGAUGGUCUCGGACAUUUACGUGCUCAAUCUGGCUAUUGCUGACCUGCUCUUCUUGCUUGUGAUGCCUUUCAACAUUCACCAACUUGUCAGAGCCAGGCAGUGGGUGUUUGGGAAUUUCAUGUGCAAAGCUGUUGUCGUUGUGGAUGUUAGCAAUCAGUUCACAACGGUGGGCAUAGUGACGGUCUUGUGCAUUGACAGGUAUGUGGCCAUAGUGCAUCCCACGUCAGAGAAGAGGACCAUCCAGUGGACCAUCGUCAUCAACCUGAUGGUGUGGGUGGGCAGCUUCCUGCUCACGGUGCCCGUCAUGAUCUAUGCCCGCGUCAUCCAGGGCAAGAAGAGCACGCACGCCAUCUGCAUGAUGGACCUGGACGGGCCCCAGGACAUGUACUGGUACACGCUGUACCAGUCGAUGCUGGGCUUCAUCGUCCCCUUGGUCAUCAUUAUCACCUUCUACUCGCUGACGCUGUACCACGUGUUCCGCUCGGUGCGGCGCGUCAAGCGCAAGCAGUCGGUGUGGGCCAAGCGGGCCACCAAGACCGUGGUGAUGGUCAUCGCCCUGUUCCUGUGCUGCUGGUCGCCCUACCACGUCAUUCAGGUCAUCAACUUGGGCAUCAACUCGCCCACCAACGCCUUCAUCUACGCCUACAACGUCAGCAUCUGCCUCAGCUACUCCCACAGCUGCAUAAACCCCAUGAUGCUGCUGCUGUUCGCGCAGAACUACCGCGAGCGGAUCUGCAGACGCCGGGAGCUGCGGGGCGGAGGAUCCUCGCAGACCAGCGCCUCCACCAAGACCACCGCCACCGCCAUCAAGACGGACGCCAACUCCGUUGCCAUGACGACUACUACUACUACUGCUGCCACCACCAACGUGGACUCCAAUAACCGCUGCACGGUUAUUUAGGGACUACCUGCGGCUGCUGCUGCUGAUGAUGACGAUGAGGAGGAUGAGGAGGAUGAUGAUGAUGAUGAACAUGGCAAUUGACAAGAGGGAAGGGUUUUGGUGUUGGGUUGACUGUGAAGGUUCUUGUUCAUUCAGGUCCUUUUAUCCAAAAGGGUUCAUUAGUAAGCAACUGGACUUCUUCUUAGACUU